AUGAAAUGCAUUCCANUAAAUUUAAUUAAAUUCAUACAGGAACAAGAUUCUGAUGCUUUACAUUCUCAAGUAGUUUCUGCUAUUAAAGAAACUGUCAUGACUCGUUAUUUCUUUCUGCCGUAUCUGUAUACUUUAUUCCGUAAAAGUUAUCGACUUGGUAAUGCUGUUGCAAGGCCAUUAUUUUUUGAGUAUACUACUGAUAGAAACACUUAUUUCAUAGAUGAUCAGUUUCUCUGGGGAGAAUCUUUGAUGAUCAUUCCUGUCCUUAAUCCAAAUAAAUCAAAAGUAAAUGCAUAUUUUCCUCGAGACACUUGGUAUGAUUUUCAUACGAGCAAAAUAUAUAAUAACACCGGUACUCGUGUUAUUUUACAUGUUCCUCUCGGCACUGUAAAAUUAACUAUACGUGGUGGUUAUAUUAUUCCUGGUCAAAUUCCUGCCAAUACAACACUGGAAAGUCGCUUAAAUCCUUUUUAUCUGAUUGUUGCUUUAAAUAGUUCAAAAAUGGCAAUUGGAGAUCUUUAUUGGGACGAUGGAGAAUCAAUUCAAUCUGAAUAUAAUUAUAUAUCGUUCAAAGCAAAAAGUAACACACUCACUAUGAAUCCAGUUUUAAUAAAAUAUAAAAAUAUGCCAAAGUUAGGAUAUGUUAAAGUAUUAGGAUGUGAAGACUGGCCAAAAUCUGUUAAUGCCAAUUCAGUUCCUGCUUCAUUUGAUUACUACAUGGAUGAAAAGGUUCUCAUAAUUUCAAAUUUGACAUUGUCACUGUUAGAGAGUAAUUCAAUCAGCUGGAUAUUUUGAAAGAAACUGAAGUUGUAAUAUUAUGUAAAUAUGGUUUCAUAUUUGUCAUUAUUUUAUAAAAGCUGUAAAAAAUAAUAUAUAAAAUUGAAACAAACUUAGGAACAUCUUAAUGACUUUACAAGGAUUAUAAAUAUUGAUUUUGAACAAAAAUUUUAAUUUGUGAGCAAAAAUAAUUGCUAGUAUUUUUACAAGAUGGAAUGUAACAGAGCUUAAUCUUUUUUGUAAAUUUCAUCAAUGAUUGAAAAUUAUUUUUGAACAGAAUAAAUUGUUUUAUAAUUGGAAUAUUAUUUACAUGACAAUUGCUUAUUAUGAGUAACCUAUAUUAGGACAAUUUGCAAGGAAUAUAGCAUGUCUGAAAAUCAUUCUGUAAGCAGAGAGAAUUUGCAACAACCUAAUACUGUGUUUUAUAUAGUGUAAGAUUCAUAAAAAAGAAAUUAUGAAUUUGAAAACAGUGUAUGGCCACCAGACAGAUAACUUGACAUAAUUCAUUUAAAUCAUACUAAAUAAUAAAUUCUGGUUAUACCACACAGAAUGAAAUAAAAUAUCACUAUAGUUAUAACUGUAAUGUGUGUUGAAUUCAUUUUAAAGCAAAUUAGUUAAGAUUAUUAUCUGUAUUUCUUUGUUCUAGAACAAAUUUUGGAAUCUAGGUAAAUUGGCUUGAUCUCUAAAUUUGUCCAUUAAGCCAAUUUACUUAGAUUCCACAAUAAGAAUGCGAGCUUAAUAAUUUCCAGUUUAUUACUGCCAAAAAAUGCUGAAAGUGAAAGCAAAAAUUAUCAAUAUCCAUUGGUACUUUUUGCUUUCCUUUGUUUCAUUGCAUAGAAAUAUAUAUUUCAAAUUAGCUAAAUUCUCUAUAUGGACAUCAUUACAGCUAUCUUUUUUAAAGUGACUCAUGCUGAUUUUAUUGAUUCCAGAAACUGCCUUAGAUCUGUGCUGGAUUAAAGUUUCCCUACAAAUAAGUUUUCUGUAUAAAAGUACUCUUCAAACUGAUGAUAUUCUUCCAAUUACAAUAACUUCAUUUUGUU